CUUCAUCCUUUUAAACUUCAUUGUAAUAUCUUCCGAUCUAAUAUCACCAUCGUUGAUAUUAGGUUGAGUUAUCUUAUAUAUGUUAAAGGAAUCACCAAUACAUCACCAUUAAAAUUGAUUUGGACCAAGACUUACUUUUUCUUGUCAUUUAAAAUCUAUUUACACUUUUUCAUCUUUGAAAACAAAUCCAUCAAUCAUUUUCAACCAAGUUAUUGUUAAUUUAAUUUCUCUUGAGUUUUGUUUUGUUACCUAGCUUAAUUUCCAGAUCUAGCUCUCUGUGGAUAUGACCUCGAUCUUACCGAGUUAAUUGCUACAUCGCACACUCGUGCACUUGCGAGUUAAAACAAGCCGAACAUAAAAAGCGGUCAAGCAAUUUUGGCGUCGUUGCCGGGGAGCUAGCAAGCAAAGGUAACACAUUUAGUUUUGAUUAUUGGAAAACAAAAAAAAUACAUAUAAAUAAAAAAUCAAAUGGCUGGUUUUACCGCCUAAAAAAAAUUUGACCUCAACUUUUUGGAUAUUGGACUGUGGACUAGACUAUUAAUUGUUGGAUUUUGGUUGGUUCAACCAUUUUUCUUUUAUUGUCUAUUCUAAUUAGUUUCUAAUAUUUAUUGUUAUAUUAUAAGGCUGGUUUUACCGCCUCUUGUUUAUUUUAUUUUGUUAUUUUGCUGUUAUUAUUUUUCUUAUAUUUAUUGUCUGAAGUGCUUGGCCGGUAUUACCGCCUUUUUAUUCAUGCUUGUUAUAAUUAUCUUUUAAUGUUUAUUGUUGUUAAUAUUGCUUAUUAGUUGGAGAAUUUCUUAAUUUGUUGUAUUUUUAUUUUUGAGCUAUUAAUUUAUCUUUUACGUUUCAUUUACUUUUAUUUGCAAUCUUCUUUUUCUUUUUCUUUGUUUUUCCUUUCCUUUCGUAUUCAUAUAAUUGUUAUAUUAUUGUUUUUUUUAUCAUGGCUAAUGUUGAAGAUGUAGAGGGUGAAGGGAGUGUUCAAGGUAAUGGACCUCCACAAUUCAAUGAUCAACCUAAUUUUCGAACUCUUAGAGAGUAUCUUCACCCGGCUAGACAAAGUACACCUUCGUGUAUUAUCUUACCUCUUAACCAACAAGCUUUCAAUUUGAAACCGGGCAUGAUUCAACUUCUUCCCACAUUUCACGGUAUGGAUUCUGAAAAUCCAUACAUACACAUUAAGGACUUUGAAGAGGUAUGUAAUACUUUUAUUGAUAGAACAUGCACCGAGGAAACUAUUCGUCUUAAAUUGUUCCCAUUCUCUCUAAAGGAUAAAGCCAAGCUUUGGCUAAACUCCUUGCGUCCUAGGUCUAUAGGUACAUGGAGAGAAAUGCAAGCUGAAUUUUUGAAAAAAUACUUCCCCACUCAUAGGACGGCAGCCUUACAACGUCAAAUGAUGAAUUUUUCUUGUAGUCCAAAUGAGUCAUUUCACCAAGCUUGGGAAAGGUUCAAAGACUUGUUAAAUGCAUGCCCCCACCAUGGUUUUGAGAUGUGGAGGUUAGUGAGUUUCUUCUACGACUCUCUUACCGCAGAUUUUAAAAAGCUAGUGUCAACCAUGUGUAAUGGUGAGUUUUAUGACAAAGAACCAAGUGAAGCCUUUGAUUUCUUUGAUCAAUUGGCUGAAAACACAAAGCAAUGGGAGACUUCUCUCCCACUUCAUGUUGAGUCUAGAAACACCAUUUCUCAUUCAAGUGGGAAGUUCCAAUUGAAAGAGACUGAUGACCUCAAUGCUAGAUUAGCCUCAUUGGCUAGGAAAGUAGAGUCUUUUGAGAUUAAAAAAGUGCAUGUCAUAAGUGAACAACAAGAGGAAAGUUGUGUUGUUUGUGAGAGCAAAGGGCAUAGGACAACUGAGUGUCCUACCAUUCCAGCCUUCAAGGAAGUGUUAUAUGGUCAAACUUCUGAUUCAAGUAAUGUUAGAAAGCCAUUUUCAAACCAAGUAGGCAAUCCUUACUCUGAGACCUACAAUCCUGGAUGGAGGAACCACCCAAAUUUUGGAUGGAGAAAUGAGGGCCCUUCAGUACCUCAAACAUUUCAACCUCCACCCCAACCAUUUCAUGCUCCCACACAUAAUACAUACCAACCACCUCAUAAGAGAUCCCUAGAGGAUACUCUUCAACAAUUCAUGCAAACACAAGGAGGAAUCAACAACCAAGCUUACAAAUUUCAAGACCAGACCAAUAGGACCUUAGAUGACAUUCGAAGUCAACUAACCAAGUUGACUCAAUCACUAAGCAUUCAAGAGAAGGGAAAGAUUCCAGCUCAACCAAUGCCAAAUCCUAGAGGUCAGGUACACAUGAGUGAAUCCUCAUCUAGUGAACCUUCAAACCAUGAACAAGUCCAAGCCAUCACUACCCUUAGGAGUGGAAAGAUUGUUGACAAAGCUAUAGGUUUUGGGAUUCCUAGAGGUAUUGUGGAGGAGGAAUCUAGGGAAAGUGACGAGGAAAUCAAAACACAAGUGACAAAUGAGAGCUUGAGUGACAAAGAAGGUGAGAUAAAUGAGAAAGAGAUGAGUGAGAAAGGAGAUGAUUCAAGCAAAAUUGGAAUCAAAGUGAGUGAUUUAGAAUUUGUUCCUAAAGCACCAUUUCCACAAAGGUUAGGGAAACCUAAACAUGAUUUUAUGAACUCAGAAAUCUAUGAAUUGUUCAAACAAGUGAAAGUCAACAUUCCACUCCUUGAUGCAAUUAAACAAGUCCCAUCUUAUGCAAAGUUCCUCAAGGACUUAUGCACAGUCAAAAGGAGAUUGAAUGUGAAAGAAAAAGCCUUUCUAACUGAACAUGCUAGUGCUAUCAUCCAGUUUAAGACCCCUCCCAAAUACAAAGAUCCUGGUUGCCCUACCGUUUCAUGCAUUAUUGGAAGUCAUAAGAUAGACCAAGCUUUGUUGGAUUUAGGAGCAAGUGUGAAUUUGAUACCCUACACUGUUUAUGAACAGUUAGGUUUAGGAGAAAUCAAGCCUACUCGAAUCACCCUUCAAUUAGCUGAUAGGUCAAUCAAGAUUCCCAGGGGUAUUGUUGAGGAUGUGUUGGUCCAAGUAGAUAAAUUCUACUUUCCUGUUGAUUUUGUAGUGUUGGACACCGCACCUAUUCAAGGUUCUAAUGCUCCCAUCCCAGUCAUCUUAGGUAGACCUUUCCUAGCUACAUCCAAUGCUUUAAUCAACUGUAGGAAUGGGGUGAUGAAAUUGUCUUUUGGGAACAUGACUGUGGAGAUGAACAUAUUCAAUGUCUCCAAACAAAUUGGUGAACAUGAGGACAUUAGAGAGGUGGAUUUGAUCCAAACAGUUUGUCAAGAACACUUUGAGAGAGAAUGGAUAAAGGAUCCACUAGAGAGAACUUUAAUUCAUGAUGAAAGAUUUUAUUCUUUGGAAUGUGUUGAUGAGGAAGUAAGAGAACUCGAGACUUAUCUAGAUCCAAUGCCUCUUAUGUCAAUAGGUCAAUGGACCCCAUCGUUUGAGCCUUUGAUUUCACCCCAAGUGAAAGCUGAGGCAUCUCUUGUCCAACCUUAUAAACCAGAAAGGAAGCCUUUACCGAGUGAUCUUAAGUAUGCAUUUCUAGGGGAAGAUGAAUCAUAUCCUAUUGUGAUUUCAUCAAAACUUAGCAUAGAGCAGGAACAAGAACUUUUGAGAGUGGUGAGAAAACACAAGAAAGCAAUUGGGUGGACUAUUACUGACUUGAAAGGAAUUAGCCCUCUUUUAUGCACACAUAGAAUCUAUCUUGAAGAAGAGGCUAAAACUGUGAGGCAAAUGCAAAGACGAUUGAACCCAAACAUGAAGGAAGUAGUACGAUGUGAAGUGCUUAAGCUACUUGAUGCGGGUAUCAUUUACCCCAUUGCAAACUCAAAAUGGGUUAGUCCAACCCAAGUUGUCCCUAAAAAAUCUGGAGUCACGGUAGUGAAGAAUGAAAAUAAUGAGCUAGUACCAACUAGAAUCCAAGCUGGAUGGCGUAUGUGCAUUGAUUAUCGUAAGUUGAACAUGGUGACUAGGAAGGACCAUUUUCCACUUCCAUUUUUAGACCAAGUGCUUGAAAGAGUAGCCGGAAGAGCUUUCUAUUGUUUUCUUGAUGGAUACUCAGGUUACAACCAAAUUGAGAUUUCUUUAGAAGACCAAGAAAAAACCACUUUCACUUGUCCUUUUGGUACCUAUGCUUAUAGAAGAAUGCCUUUUGGCUUGUGUAAUGCACCAGCCACUUUUCAAAGGUGUAUGAUGAGUAUCUUUAGUGACAUGGUGGAAAAUUUUUUGGAAGUUUUCAUGGAUGAUUUUUCAGUUUAUGGGGAUUCUUAUGAGUUGUGUCUAAUGCAUUUAGAAAAAGUUCUUGAAAGGUGUGAAGAGAGGAAUCUUGUACUUAAUUGGGAGAAAUGUCAUUUUAUGGUGACACAUGGCAUUGUCUUAGGUCACAUUAUCUCUUCAAAAGGGAUAGAGGUAGAUAAGUCAAAGGUUGAAGUCAUUCAAAAAUUACCUACCCCUCGGACUGUGAAAGAUGUGAGAUCCUUUUUAGGACACGCUGGUUUUUACCGAAGAUUCAUUCAUUCUUUUAGUACCAUUGCCAAACCAUUGUGUAACUUGUUGUCACAAGAUGUUCAAUUUGAUUGGACAUCAAAAUGUCAAGAAGCUUUUGAAAAGCUUAAAGGGUUGUUGACCACUGCACCAAUCAUGCAAGCUCCUGAUUGGUCUUUACCAUUUGAACUGAUGUGUGAUGCUAGUGAUUUUGCGGUAGGGGCUGUUUUAGGACAAAGAAAAGAUAAGAAACCUCAUGUCAUUUAUUAUGCUAGCAAGACUUUGAAUGAUGCUCAAUUGAAUUACACUACAACUGAAAAAGAACUUUUAGCUGUAGUAUUUGCAUUGGACAAGUUUAGGUCUUAUUUGGUUGGAUCUCUUGUUAUUGUUUUUACUGAUCAUGCAGCAUUGAAAUACUUGCUCACAAAACAAGAUGCCAAGCCACGUUUGAUUCGAUGGAUCCUCCUACUCCAAGAGUUUAACCUUGAAAUUCGAGAUAAAAAGGGAGUAGAGAAUGUAGUGGCUGAUCAUUUGUCCCGUCUUUCAAGCUAUAAGACCAUAAUUGAUGAAUCUCCAAUAAAUGAAUUCUUUGCUGAUGAAAAUUUAUUUUGUGCAGGUACUGUUUCCUACAUUGGCUCUCCAUGGUAUGCUGACAUAGCAAAUUACCUAGCCACAAGUCAGAUUCCUUCUCAUUGGUCUAAACUUGACAAACAAAAAUUCUUGCGCAACGUGCGUACCUUUUUUUGGGAUGACCCCUACCUAUUUAAAUACUGCCCUGACCAAAUUGUUAGGCGGUGCAUCCCUGAUCAUGAAAUUCCAAGUGUAAUUAAUUUUUGUCAUGCAUUAGCCUGUGGUGGGCAUUUCUCUUCCAAGAAAACCACUGCCAAGAUCUUGCAGUGUGGUUUUUAUUGGCCCACCAUGUUCAAAGAUGUCCAUGCCUUCUGUGUUGCAUGUGACCGAUGCCAACGACUAGGUAACCUUACUAGGCGUAACAUGAUGCCCCUAAACCCCAUUCUUGUUCUGGAAAUAUUUGAUUGUUGGGGGAUUGAUUUCAUGGGACCUUUUCCAAGUUCAUUUGGUUACCAAUUCAUCCUUGUAGCUGUUGAUUAUGUGUCUAAAUGGGUGGAGGCCAUUGCAUCUCGAACUAAUGACCAUCGAGUUGUGGUCAAAUUCUUGAAAGAAAAUAUUUUCUCUCGUUUUGGCAUGCCCCGGGCUAUGAUUAAUGAUGGGGGUAAGCAUUUUUGUAACAAGCCCGUUGGGAUUUUGAUGAGAAAAUAUGGGGUAAUUCACAAGGUCAGUACCCCCUAUCAUCCACAAACUAGUGGCCAAGCUGAGUUGGCAAAUAGGGAGAUCAAGAACAUUCUAGAGAAAACAGUCAAUCCAAACCGUAAAGAUUGGUCCCUACGACUAGUUGAUGCUUUGUGGGCAUAUCGCACUGCUUACAAGACCUCUUUAGGAAUGUCUCCUUAUAGGCUAGUUUAUGGAAAGCCUUGUCAUCUCCCUGUUGAGAUUGAGCACCGUGCAUAUUGGGCCAUCCGGCAAUUCAAUGAUGAUGAAAACGAGGUUGGCAAAAAUAAAAAGCUUCAAUUGGAUGAAUUAGAUGAACUGAGAAAUGAUGCAUUUGAAAAUGCAAAAAUUUCAAAACAUAAGAUGAAAACCUUGCAUGAUAAACAUAUUCUUAGAAAAUCCUUUCAUGUUGGUCAAAAGGUUCUCUUGUAUAAUUCACGAUUACAUCUUUUUCCUGGGAAGUUGAGGACAAAAUGGAUUGGUCCAUUUGUGAUUAAAUCCAUAUCUGAGCAUGGUGCAUUUGAGGUAGAAAAUCCUAAGAAUGGAAAUGUUUUCAAAGUAAAUGGUCAUCGAUUGAAACCUUAUCUUGAAAACUUUGUGGCUGAAGUUGAGACAUUGGAUCUUGAAGAUCCAAUACCAUUGUAGUGUCAGAAGUAAUGAGUUUUUAUUUUUAUUUUUUUCAUUUUUAUUUAUUUAUUUUCUUUUCUCUUUCGUCCAUCUCUUAUAUUUUCUUGUUCAUGCAUUAGGGACAAUGCAUUAUUUUAAGUUGGGGGGUGUGAGGUUCUUUAUUUUCAAAAAAAAAAUCAUCAAUGUUUUCUUUUAGUUGUGAUAUGCAGGUAAAAAAAAAAUCAAGCAAGAAGUCAGCUCAUGUCCAAUUCAAUCAGACAUUCAUCCUUGAGAACAAAAGGGGAGUAACAGUUUUCUAAUCUUUAUACUUUUCUUCUCUUUCUUUUUUACAUUGAGGAUAAUGAAAAACUUAAUUUUAGAUAUUUGAUUAUGUUGAAUGCUUGAGAUAACCAUGCUUGUUAAAAAAAAAAAAAACUUGCAUUUGUAUGUGAAUGAGACUUGUUUAGGAUCAACAUUACAUUUUUGGAUUCAUUAUUGUGUUGAACAUUGCAUGCUUUAAUUUGGGAUAGAUAAUAUCUUAUAAAGCAAGAUAUAGCAUACUUUUUUCUUAAGAUUAUUGAAGUACAUCUUUCCUUGUAAAAGUUGUGUGAGUUGUGUGAUUAUGCAUGAAAGAUGAGUGUGAUGCUUUACUUGUGAUCAUCCCUUUUGAUCUAGUCCUAAACAAGGUUUAAGUAAAUAGAGUAAUCAUUAUUACACAAAUGUGUACAAAAUUCUAUCUACUCCAAUGUUUUGAGUUGCUCAGUAACUAGGGGUAUUCAUCACAAAUGUUUAUCUUUACGUCAAACGGCAGCUUGAAAUAUGAGUAUGCAAAGCACUUUAAGUUUGUGACUUUGUGAGUAACCGGGUGCAUUCAUCACAAAUGUUUGUAUUCGCGUCAAAAGGGAAGUGACCACUUAAAGAAAAAGAAUAAAUAAUAUCUUCAAAAAAAAAAGAGAAAAAAAAAAGAAAAAAGAAAAAAAUAUAUAUAGAUAUUUCUCUAGUUUGCUACCUUGUUUGUAGUAGUAAGAAGGGAAGAUUACAAGUUGAGUUUUUGCGUGAAUCAAUUAUGUUGGUUGCAUGAUAAAUACGAUUGAAUUUGGAAUUUUGUAUGGAUGUUUGAUUUAGAGAAUGUGAGUAUGCUUAUUUUUCUUUAUUUGUUAUUGUGUACACUAAGUUAAAGAUACCAAUGUUUGCAUGAUAUGUCCUUUAAGUGUGAUGAGUCGAGCCUAAUUAUGUUAUUAUUAUUCUUUUUAUUUCAAAGGUUUUAUGUUUUGUUUUGCUUGAGGACUAGCAAAAUCUAAGUUGGGGGGUGUGAUUGUGCAUCAAAAGUAUCAUUAAGUCUCUUAUUUUACAUAUGUAUUUAUUAUUUUUAUUUGGGUUUUUUAUAAUAAUUGAUGUGCUUUUUAGUAAUGAAGUUUCUUUUAAUGUCUCGAUAGGUUUUUGGAGCUUAAAUGAAUUAUUUCAGAAAAUUCAACAUCGGAAUUCGGAACAAAGAAUUGAAGAGAAAUUUAGUUGAAGAUUGAAGCAAAUCUUGGUUCAAAUAAGUGCUCCAAAUUUGCCCCAAAAAUCAAUUCAAGUCCAAUUCUAGAAAAGAAUAUCAUAUGAUUUAUUUCAAGCCCAAACAUGCCUUAUGUUGUGUGCAAACUUCAACCAUCAAACACUCAAGGUUUCAAAGUCAAUCUUAGCCCAAAUAAUAGGUACAUUUGUAUCCUUAUUUGAUGCUUAAAUUCAGCCCCAAAUCAGCCCCAAAUCAGCCCCAAAUCACCUUCCAAAUCAGCCCAAACACAAUCCAUGAUCCUACAUGUCCACACAAUAAAUAACAUUUGAUUUAUUUGGGUAAUUCAUUGAUCCAAGAGGGCAAGCACAUGGAUGGAAAGCUGGAGGGGACAUUGUGACAUUAUUUUGGGUCAAAAGAAGAAAGAGACAACUCAUAAAGGAGGAAGAAAAACGUGCACCAAAGUGUUCUCCAAGCUGGCCUGGUUUGAUUUUCCAGAACACCUUUCAGUGUUUUGUCCAUAACUUUUGACUCGGAUGUCUAAAUGAGCUGUUCUUUAAUGAUCUGGAAAACUAACAGAAUGGCCUAUAAAUAUGUCUCUAAUAGCCAUCUCCAGAGGAGGCUUCUAAAAGGGUCGAAUUUCUGUCCAAAGUUAGAGUCAGAUUUGUGUCCGAAUUUUUACUGAAAUUGUGUUGUGUUCUUCUUUAUAGAUUUCGGUUCUUUAGCUUGUAAAACUCAUUAUUUCAGUUUGAUUCAAGUCAUUUUAUGUUUAUUAAAGUGUUAUUAUAUCUAAUCAUGGUUGGCUAA